CGCAAAAACAAAGAGCAGCAUUUGGGCGUGUCUGCCCGAUGCCACUCGAGCUGGUCCUCAGUCAUUUGUCUCUAACAUGUGAAAUAAAGCUUAGCCAACUGAAGCCAAUUCGAAGCUACGUCAUUCUCUCCGAUGGCUGGUCCUCUUUCAUUUGGGUCUAAUAACGCUGGACCAAUUGAAGUCAAUUCGAGGCUACGCAAUUCUCGCCGCAUAUCUGCACCUCAUUUUACGGGAACGUCCCUAGUCACUAAUCCUCUCGUCUUGGGUACGGUACGCCACGCCGUGAAUCUGUUCCUCGAAGUCUUCAGCAGCUUAUGCAGUGAGGAGCUGAGCGUUCGUCUUUUCCAAAACUUCGGUUCAACUUAUCUGCCUAAACAAUCACCUAGCAGGAGUUUGCUGGAAUAAGAAGAGCACCAUGCCUAUAAUUACUCUUUGUCGAUUCGGUAGGGAAGGCCAACUCGAAUCAUUUGAGGCGGAUACUAACGCUACGGAAUUCAUUGCAAUAUCCCACGUAUGGGGUCUAGCAUACUGGACAGACAUACCUGGAAUUCAGCACCAAGUCAUUGUCUCACAACACAAGGCCGAAUUUCUGGAAACGAAGCUGCCGAAACUCGUGGGGCAAUUGCCAUUCUGGAUGGAUAUACUUUGUGUCGAUCAGCGGUCUAAGGCAGCACGCAUCGCAGUUGUGCAAUCCAUCCCCGACAUUUAUCGCAACGCGGUACGUACAGUUGCAAUUAAGGAUGGUGAUGGCUUUCGAGGUUGUUGUGCCAACGCCAUCAGUUCCUUCGCUGAUUGGAACUUGCGAGGGAAGGAGGAGCUUCUCGGCCAUGUGCGAGCGAAACAUCCACACAUCGGUUUGACUGAGUCCUAUCUAUUUCGACUAUGGCCACUAGAAGAAAUCUUACUGAGCGAUAACGUCCAGUUCGAAGUUUGUGCCGAUUGGGAACCAGAAUCCAGGAAUGACGACGCAGAUUUCGGAGUAUCUAGUGUGACAUCUUCUCUACUAAACAUCGUAGCUAGUCUGGAUGCACUGGGCUCAUGCUGGUCUCGCAAAGGCAGAAGCGAUGAUACAAUCACCGAUGAGACUAUGGGUGAGUUCGCUAGGGCCUUCAUGACCUGUCAUGUUCCGAUUUCGCGCCCUGCUGGCCCUGCCAUGCCUGAACACCCCAGCUCAAGCAACAACCUAUGGUACCAAAUGAAUAUAAAUUCCAUCCGCGCUACCGGCAAACCACGAGACUUCAUCCUUGCCGUGAUGGUCCAGUACAGCUGGUAUCAUGUCCCAGCGCAAGCGGGGAGCAUGCCAUUUUCCGAGUUAUUUCUAGAUUGUCACCGUCAAGCGCAUGAAGCGGGGUUUGGCUUUAACUCCAAAUUACUAGAAAUGACAGGGAUACCUCAAGAGGCCGGCAGCGGAAGCCAUUGGGUUCCGGCAAAGGACAUACCCACGCCGACAUGCCUCGGAGACUUUGUGAAAUUAAUUCGGCCACCUAGCCCAACGUCCUCACCUUCGAAGGUGGCAGUGGUGGCUAAUACUUUCGGCGGCACAAAACUUAUGAUGCCCUCAAACAUGAUGCAGGUUCUUCAGGUGAUACAGACAGCCAUGAAGUUUUCUCCUAGGGUAUGGAGUUUGGCACACCGAGGAGGAGAGCUGAGCAAAUACGGGUCGUGGACGAGUGAUUAUGAAAGCAUCAGAUCGCAGAGAAAUGAUAGCGGUAUUGGAGUGUCAAACUCGGCCGGGGCGGCUGAGCAAGAUUUUCUUAUGCAAAGGAGGACUUCGGAGCGUCUUCUUUACGAGGUCACUUCUUAUCUAGACGCACAAUGGACAGGGCUUGGACUGUACGAAAGAGAUUCCGAAGCGAGUGGUGAUUGGAUCAACACCCAUCUGCCAUAUCUGGUGCAUUGCGACCCACCAGAGUAUAAACAGACUCUCUUCUUUCUUGCCGCGAUGGUCAGCUGCGGCAUCCCUCUAAGCGCGUUUGACUGGGCCCGGAAAAGGCUGUACGCCGUCGUGGUCGCAUUCUCCGACCAGCCGGUCCUUGCUCUGAUCCUACGAUCCGUUAUUGACAGCAGAAACCUGCCAAACUUCCAUGUUGUCGAACAGCGGCAAGAAAGCCAUAUCACUGGCACGGGCCUUUUUCUGGCGUCUAUUGACGGAUCCCCCAUUGGCUAUGUUCCGGAUUUUGACGCAGUCGACGGGAAUGAAGAGUUUCGUCAGCAUAUGUACUUGCUCUACAAAGACUUGUACACUCAAAACGAUGAACAAUUUGGCUUGAGAAGGGCCGUCUAUCUUGGUGAGCGUGCGGAUGACACCUUUGGUAUUGUUGAUAUUGGCGAGACUAGUAUCCUGUCAAAUUGGACACGUGUGGUUCUUGAGUGAGGGGUAGGAAGUUGAUGCAAGGCCAUCUUGGGGAUGGAAGAUAAAUUUUGUUAUAGCGAUACCACGUCGCUAGAUCUGCUAUGUUUCACAUGUUUCUGUAAGGUAAUCGAUCACGAAACCGGCUAGUUAGAACUAGCAACCACGAUGGUUGCUAGCCUCCCUCC